UGCUACAACUUCCGGUUUCUGGCAGGACAUGUUUCAUUGUAUGUACAUUGUUAAAAUGGGCUCGACUGUUGCUCGGUAGUUUGGAGCGCGUCAAAUCUGCAGUUUCCGCGCGGACACGGUCGGUUCUCCUGCAUCGGACGUGACAGUUCGGCUGCUCCGGUGAAGUCGCGGGAUCUUUAGCGAACCGCAUCCGAAGUCUUGCAGAGAUUGUCGUUCUGGACGCUUCGCUCAGCGAGCCGUUCGUUCAUUCGCGGCGUCAGCGGCGCGUUCAACUCUUCCGAACGCAUCGAGUUUGCUGCGUUCAGCUGCGUUCAGCUCGCCCGCUUCUCCCUGGAAGUGCCCGUUAUGAACGGGUUCAGCACGGAAGAGGACAGCCACGACGGCCCGCCCGCCCCGCCGUUCUUCGGCCAGAGCUGCUGUCUGAUCGAGGACGGGGAGCGCUGCGGCCGCUCGGCUGGAAACGCCUCCUUCAGCAAGCGCAUCCAGAAGAGCAUUUCCCAGAGGAAGCUCAAGCUGGACAUCGACAAGAGUGUUCGGCACUUGUACAUCUGUGAUUUCCACAAGAACUUCAUCCAGAGCGUUCGCAACAAACGCAAGAGGAAGACCAGCGACGACGGAGGAGAGUCGCCCGAUCACGAUGUCGAAGUCCCCGAGGUGGAUCUGUUCCAGCUUCAGGUCAACACACUGAGACGUUACAAGAGGCACUACAAAAUCCAGACCAGACCUGGACUCAACAAAGCCCAGCUCGCAGAGACCGUGAGCCGCCAUUUCCGCAAUAUUCCAGUCAAUGAGAAGGAGACGCUCACGUACUUUAUUUAUAUGGUGAAGAGCAGUAAAAGCCGGCUGGACCAGAAAUCAGACGGGAGCAAACAAGUGGAAUGAAGGUCCCUCGCGCUGAUCUCAAAGCAGCAGAAGGUCAUUAUUUAUGACAUGCAGAUGUUAGCUGGCUUUAUGAUUCCUCUUUGAAUACUUACUGUGUUUUUUGUACAUACGGGAGUCACUACAGUCACACGCUCGUGUAGUGAUGAUGAUGAUGAUGUGCCAAACCCCACAGUAACACCAACAAACCAACGGCGUCUCCAAUGUUCAGAUUUCACCGUUUAUCCAGCGAGGACCUGAUUGAAAGCAUGACAGACUGAAUGACUGCAGAUUUGUUCUCUCGUGUCAAAUGUUUUGUGCUUAUCACACUUAAACUACAGCAGAUCCUCCCAGAAGAGCUGGACCGUGACGCACUGAGGCUUUUUGUUUUUCGUUUCUUUUUGUUUUCAGUCUGUUUCACAUCCAUGUCGCUGCUUUUAUAUGACUGCUGUAUAUCUGCUCUAUAUAGCAUUUUUUGUAGAUUGUAAUGUUAGUUUUCUUCCUUCCUUUGUUUGAAAUAAUGCGUCUAAAUACAGUUCUUGUGGCACUACUA